AUGAAGGACAACUUCGGCCGAACAAUCCUGCAUCUGGCUGUGAUCUACGAUGACCUUAUCGCGGUUGCAAGGCUUGCGAGAGAGGAGCUUGUUGAUGUCGAUUGUCCCGAACAUCUGGGGGAGACGCCCCUCAUGUUGGCUGCGAAGCUACAUGCCGGCGAUCAGCCCAACAAUGUCAAAAUUUUCAAGUGUCUGCUCUCGCGGUCCAAGGCCAUGGUAGAUCAGCGAGAACAAAGAGGUCAAUCCGUCCUCUCACAUGCCGUGAAUACGUCCAAUACCGACCUAAUCCAGUGUCUCAGCUCCCUCGCUUCGGACCAAGAACACCGGACAGCGAUGGAAUCACUCCACUGGCUCGAGCAAGGGCCAGAAGGCAGUUUGAAAUCGUCAAAAGUUCAAUCCCUGAAGCCAGCUAGCCACGCUGCAAGCAAUAUCUCUGCUCCAAGCAUCUGCGAAGGGCAGCUAUGA